AUGCAAUGCUCAAGGUGUUUCCUCUUCCAGAUGUGUCUAUGUUUGCUGGUGUCCAUAGGGUCCUGUAGAUGCAAGCCACUGAAUGAUGUCCUCCAAAGUGAAGAUCCUGAGGACGUUUUUGAGACUUCUGAGAAAGACCUGUUCGAAGACGAGGACAUGGACUUCAGAUUGCAGAGCUUUCUGGGAAACAUGAAAGAAGAGUUUCUGAAGAAACUCAACUUAUCCGAUGUCCCACAAGAGCACAGCAAGAUAUUCCCACCGCCGUUCAUGAUUGACCUGUACAACAAAUAUGCCUCCGACCAGUCCGCAAUGCCUCGUUCUGAUGUAAUUCGCAGCUUCACUAUUCAAGAUGUCAGACACUCUGAGAAAAAUGGCACCAAGUCAAAACACAGAAUGCUGUUCAAUGUAACUGUCCCAAAUCACGAAGAGGUCACCAUGGCGGAACUCAGGCUGUUCACCCUGUUGGAUAAUGGGACAACCUCAGCUUCUACCCAUGGGAUUGGGGCUUCCAUAAAGGUCUACGAAGUGGAGCAUAAAGGACAAAAGGCCACAUUCCAACUUGUGGAUGGUAAAGAGGUCAUUGGGACCCAUCACACAUGGGAAGCCUUUGAUGUGACGAAUGCCAUCCAGAGAUGGGUCAAAUCUGGCUGUUGGGUCAGUGAGUUUGAAGUGGUGGUCGACCAGUGGGACUGUGGGCCUUUCAAAGGCGGAGGUUUGGACGUGAGCGUGGGUGUGGGGGACAACACAUCAGCUGCUUUGAUUGUAUUCUCUGACGACUUGGGAAGCAGAAAGAGAGAGGCCAAGAAGGAGCUUAGGGAGAUGAUAGUUCAUGAGGAAGAGACUGUCUUCUCAGGAAGUGCAUGGCAAGGGACCGACUACAAUGAGAUUCCCGUGGACUUACACCCCAGACGGAAGAGGCAGGCUGACACUAACUACUGCAGACGGACCUCCAUGCGGGUCAACUUCAAAGAUAUCGGCUGGGACAAGUGGAUCGUAGCGCCCCCUGAGUAUGAUGCCUUUGAGUGUAGGGGUGUUUGCUACUACCCACUGACCAACGACAUGACCCCCUCCAAACAUGCUCUCAUCCAAACCCUAGUCAAUCUCAAGAACCCCAAAAAAGCAAACAUGGCAUGUUGUGUUCCCACAAAAUUGGACCCCAUCACAGUCAUGUACCAGGAGAAUGGUGUCAUCACAGUAAGACAGGUGUAUGAGGAAAUGAAGGUGGUGGCGUGUGGAUGUAGGUAAUGAGAGGUAACCACAGUGGUGUUUCCUCAGAGCAGUACGUCGUUUUUUUUUGGGUGUGUGGGUUGGUCAAAAAUUGGGGACAGUGGGGAACUUAUUUUGGGGUUUCGGGAAGAUCUGUGUGCUUUUUUGGGAGGGCAAA